CAGUCAAAUGCAAAGACGUAUAUAUGUAUUGUAUACACGUCAGUCAGAUGUAUAUCUUCAAUGACUCCCGCAAGAAUUUUAUUUCAAUUUCACAAGAGUAUUGUCUCGCUCGUCUUCGCGUCAAUGCUCGAGGAUUACCUAACAGCAUCUUGGUCUCAGUGAAAUCGACCACCGGAGACAUCGGGGCUCCCGCAGCCACUCAUGCGGUCCGCGGUCAUUUAAUACACCGUCCUUAUCGCAACAUUCGCGACAGCAACGUGAGUAGCGUGACUAGUCUCGAGUCUCGACUAGUCUUGCCGCUCGUGUCGCUCGGUGCGCGCGUACCCGAGCCCGAGGUUGCGGUGGGUUGCACCUUGCACCUUCCUGCAAAGUGACGUUCGAGCAAGAGGGAGAGAGAGAGAGAGAGCUCGGUGCAAGUCGACGAGUGUUGCUGCGUGUCCGUCGUGGUCGCGAGGACGCCGAGAUCGGUCCUGAUCGGUCCAGGCGAGCGACGACGCAACGACAGUUGUUACGAGGACACGCAGCGAGUCCAGUCCAGUCCAGUCCAGUCAUCGUCGUCCGAUGCUACUGCACUUCGAUAGAUCGCGCAUCGGUGCGGCCGAGGUCGCGUCGUAGGCUGGUCGAGCGACGAGGUGAGCGGAUCGCGAGGAGUCGACUUCUUGCGCGUUGCUUGCGAUCUCGACGACGCGGAGCCUGUCAAACUGCUCGCGACAGGCGCUGACAGACAGCUGUUCGUUCGACGAGAGCCCCUCGGAGUCGCGAGGAACGCAACCUGUAACGUAAGAGAAGGAGAGAGCUUAGCGAGAAAUCGACAUUGUUGUUCUGUCGAUCCUAUAAAUGCGUGAGCUACUUAAUACGGAUCCUGUCUGUUUUGCAUCAAUACCAUUGCACGCUUCUUUGUGGUUCACGGAACGUGCACAAACAAAAUCGUUCUCUUGACAGGAGAGCGAAGUGGACUUCGCAUUUAUUUCGGAUUAAUAUUGGCGUCGAGUAACGCAAAAGUAAAGUUGUUCGAAUACGUCUCACAAUCGUCCUGCGUCGUCCUAUUGUGUGUCAUGCAAAGUGUAUCACCUUUCUGCUUUACUACGUCGUGUACGUUUGUGCAGUUUAGUGUGCAGUUAAAUGUGUAAUCACAGCUACUCUUGGUUUAAAAGGAACAUCGUCGAGACUUUCAUCCAUCGCAUAAUCGGUUCAAUGAGGCACUUGCUGAAACAGAGUGAUAAAUAGAACAAAGGAUAGAUGAUAACUUUCUCGAAAGGAAGGCAUGGCAAGCUUGAUGGUGAACACCUCUAGUAAGAACAGCUCGCGCAGUGGAUCUCCUAGUAGAACACCUUCGACAUCUCAACUACAUCAACAGCCAUCAACAGUGAGCUUGGAUCAUACUUCGAGAUUACGUAAUGUUUCAAUCUCUCAAGCAGGGGAGGGUAGCACAGGCAGUGGAAGUAGUGGUGGUGGCGGUGGUGCUGGAAGUAGCCUCAGCAUGAAGAGCAGUAGACAAAGAUCACCAGGAAAUUUAAUUCGCACAGGAGAUGCUAUGGAUGAACCAAGUAAUACUACAAACACUGCCGAACCAGAGGAGUUUGUGCCAAAUAUUCACCCACCGACUGAUGAUGAAGGAGAACAGUACCAUACAACGCAAUCGUUCCUAUCGAAUGGCUCUUCUGAAUUGAUAGCCGACGAUGUUGACUCCAGCGCAGCACGAGUUCGUCAAGCUAUUGAACAUAUACAAAGUAAAAUCGCUAAGACGCGAGAGUUAAUAAGAAUAGAACAAACCACGCGGGAUGAAAACGUCAAUGAAUAUUUAAAAUUAGCUGCUAAUGCAGACAAACAGCAGUUAACUAGGAUUAAAACGGUAUUUGAGAAGAAGAAUCAAAAAUCGGCGCAUAGUAUUUCACAAUUACAAAAAAAGCUAGACAGUUAUAUGAAAAAAUUGAGAAAUUAUGAAAUGAAUGGCGCACCCACGAGUCACAGACAACCGAGAGAAAUGUUACGUGAUAUGGGACAAGGACUUAAACAUGUGGGAGGAAACAUAAGGGAUGGAAUCACUGGUUUUUCAGGAACUGUAAUGUCUAAACCAAGAGAGUUUGCUCAUCUUAUUAAAAAUAAAUUUGGAAGUGCUGAUAACAUAAAUACUUUAUCACAUGGCUCGACUUUUUAUGUAAACGAUACACCGCAUGCAGGUAAUGGUGAUAACGCUAGCGUUGAAGAAGACAAAACUCAUCAUGGUUCAGCCACGCUUCCUGGUGGAUGCAGUCUAGGAUCUACUCAAAGCGCAGCGGCUAUGAAAUUCCCUUCCGAGGAAGGAUCCGAGUGUUCUAGCGUGACCAGUGAAAGCGGUCCUGGUAGUAGAGGACAGCCGCAUGCUUGUCAUACUAAUAAUGCAGCCUUGAGUCUCAAAUCUAUUUUCGCAGAACUACAAGAACAUCGGGAAAAUCUUGAUCAAAUGAGGGAAAAAUUAGAUAGUUUAAAGACAUUACAACAAGAAGUGACAUAUCUUUCCCAUUCCCUCCAAGAAGAACGUUUCAGAUGCGAACGUUUGGAAGAACAAAUUAACGAUUUAACAGAACUACAUCAAAAUGAAGUAGAAAACUUGAAGCAGACUAUCACGGAUAUGGAAGAAAAAGUGCAAUAUCAAAGCGAGGAUAGACUACGUGAUAUACACGAGAUGUUGGAGAGUUGUCAAACUAAGAUCUGUAAGAUGGAACAUCAACAACAACAGCAUCAGCAAUAUGUGACAUUGGAGGGUUUAGAUAAUAGCAAUGCGAGAGCAUUGGUUGUAAAAUUGAUAAAUGUAGUAUUAACCGUAUUGCAAGUUAUUUUGCUUCUUGUUGCAACAGGUGCUGGUAUUAUGAUGCCUUUCCUCAGAACUAGCUGUACUAAGCCUCAUUGUUUCAUGUGUAGGGUGCGUAUAUUAACAACUACAUUUGUUGUGCUUGGCAUAGUAUUUGUGCUAAAGCAAUGGCCUGAAGUACAUGAUGUUGGUAGUCAUCUCAUACGUCAUCUUAAACAGACUCUCGCCAUGAAGUAGCAUUGGUGGAAUACUUAAAUUUAAUUGAAUUUUGUAUGACGAAGCUGGGUUAGAUUGGAUAUAUUGGUGGAAACCUGACAUCCAUUUAUCAAUGCUGUAACAUUGAAGCAAUAAUACUAUGUACAUAAGUAUGUAAAUAAGUUUAUAUUUG